AUGGAAUCGUCGAAUAAUAACACCACUUCACCGAUUGAAUCUUUUACCACGAAUGUUAUAACUAUUUCAAACGUUGCGAGUAUAGGCUGGUGCAAGUACUCUUAUGCUUGUCCCUCCGACAAACUCCGCUCAUUUAUCACCUCCGCACCUCUACUAUCGUCGUGGUCAGAAGCCACCAGCCUUCCAGCAAUGGACGAUCCUAUCGUUGCUAACUACUUAAAGUUGCUCGAGGAAGGAGUUCCAUGUACGUGGCAAUACAGUGGUGAAUCAAAAGGUAGCUUUGAAAAUCUUUUUACAGACAAUAUGAUAGUGAAUAGAGAACUGUGGAUUUUUUGGCUUAAGGGGCAGGAAAACGACCCCUCCUCUCAAAAUAGUUUGUAUCAGCUAAAAGAUUUAAAACAAACUGACGGAGGAAGUUUUUCCUUGAAAGAUAUCGAUUCGCUCACAACACAAUAUCCUUUAUUCAUAAAAUCUAUUAAAAAUUUAAUAAGCCGAUCUUUAAUAAGGAAAGGUGCAGUUCCUUUGGGUGAAUGGCACGUCUUUCCACAAAAUUCUCUGAAAGUAUACGAAAGUAUAUUAUGCUGCAAAUAUGAGGUACAUCUAACGGCCACAAAUUUAAUCAUCCAGCCAAUUGUAAAACAUCAGAGUUUGCGUCUUUUAGAACCUAGUGACCUUGAGUCACCCGACUGCAUACGAGCUGUCAUAUCACCUUCCGGUUUACGAGUCAAUAUACUGACAAUUAAGCGCUAUGAAGAAGAGGAUGUAUCCGCUAUCUCAAAAGAGUUCAAGGCAUUUUUUGAUAUGGAUUCAUCAAAGAUGUCUGGAACAAAUGAAUCAUAUUUACCUCCUUUAGUGCAAAUAUCAAUAACGCAAGAUGCAGUCACCAAAGAAUUUCCUUACCCUUCACAAUGUAUAUAUGUUGUUACUGAGGGUAAUAUAAGCUAUCAACGUGGAAUUUCUGAUUUCGGAAUGGGACCUGUAUUAUGGAGUAAUUUGGAUGGUGGUUUCUUAAAUAACAUGUUGCCCAAAGAUCAACUCAUAAAUAAUAUCAAUUGGUGGCACUACAAUGAUCCGUUACGUGAUGUGGUAACCGUACUGAAUCAAAAGGAUUUCCAUGAUUCAAGUGUCUCGUCUCCGUCUGGCUCAGAAACGCCUGGAAUAGUUAACGUAACAUCUAACGCAAACUCACCAGCACAUCCUUUGACCCCUGUAUCAAGAUCCAAAAAACGACCUUUGGGAGACACAAAGGCCUACCCAUCUCCACCGGAUGUAGUCCAACCAAUGCCUGCUGAAGGGUUGAUUCCACAGCUGCAAAAUGAAGAUUUAUCUCUGAGUGACAAUAUGAUGGCUAUUAUGGAUACGGAUUUCGACUACGAUCCAUACUUCACAGCAGUAACGGAUGAAGAUUUUGAAACUUUUAAUGGCGAGCCCCCUUCUCAUACAACUGCGACUACGAAUUAUCUAACACCAGCACCAGAUUCUACGACAGUUGUCAAAGAACCGAUAUCUAUUUCGCCAUCGUCUCCACCAAAGAAAGAAAACAAUAGCAAUUUUGCUGAUGAUCUUAAGUGUUCUCCAGAUAAAAAGACAAACCCACUGGUCCCUAGUGAAUAUGCUCCAUUGGAAUUUGUCAAAGGCGUGGAUGAUUCUAAAUAUCUUCCUGGUGGAAGAUUCUUUAUACAUACUAAUCGGAAAAAGCGGAAACGCUAUAUAUACGGUCCUGAAUACACUCCAUUGCCAAAAUCCGAGCCUAAAAGGCAAAAGACUUUGUGUAAAGUUCCUACAAAUACAAUAAAUGAAGAGGAUAAUGAAUGUUCUGGCUCUGGAAGUUCUACAGAAAGCGAUUAUGAUGGAAGCACCAAACAAAUUAGCGCACCCAUAAUGAAUUCUCGAAAAUUGGAAUUUAUAAAUGCGGGACGUUUAUCAAUGAUGGUUGAUUUUUAUGGUCCUUCUGGUUGCCGAAUGCUUCGUACGGUAAAUGAAUCUGAAUCGAGAGGUGACAUAACAAAUCUUGCUCUUACAUAUCUUUGUGAGCAAGUUGUGUUUGGUUCCUACCCUUUUGGAGUUGGUAUUCAUGGAGAAGGGGAAAGUACGCACGAGCUACUAGAAUCUCACAGGUGUCUUGUCGGAAAUUUAAGUAGAGAGUUACCUACUGCGUCUGCGCUUCCGUUCGAGGUAGAUAAAGUCAUUACUGAAAUUAAAAAAGCAAUAAUUGAUAUGUCCAAUAGCAUGCGAAAACCGGAUGGUUUGCAGUUAUCUGUUAAAGGACCAUUAACAGUUCGAGAAUAUCAUAAUUUUGAUGAAUGUCACGAAUCCGACUCAAAAAUGCAAAAUAAUGAAGAUUUAGAAUCGAAUUUUCGAGAAUUCUCUACCCCUGACGUUAUUACUAGCUCAAAUGACUAUUUAAUCGAGACUUCUCCUGAAAUUUUGAAGUUUUGGGAUACUCAUAAGCUUACUCCCUAUGAUGGAGCUAAGAAUGUCAAGUAUCUUGUGAUGUUUCCUGAAUCAGAGAAUCUUCGCUAUUACAUUGAAUAUUUUUUUGAUGAAUUACGAGUCCAAUACGAACACCUUUGUGCAUUAGGUUCCCAUGAAUCUGCUUCCGUGGCGAUGAAUAAAAAAAUUAACAAUGGUCUUAUACCGAUUUCUUUAGAGCCACUUUUGCCAAACGAGUCAGAAUUAUCACAACAAAUCCGAAGCUAUGAGUUGGCUUGUGAACAAUUAGGAAAGUCACUGGUACAAUUUGCAAAGCAAUAUGAAGACCAUAGCCUUGUGAUAUAUUUAGUCAAUCCAUGGAACCAUUUGUCGUCAAAUUUUGAUAUUUUAAUGAGUUUUUCAAAAAUUAAAGCAUGUUUUAAAGAAAGCAAUAAGAAAAAUUUACAUCUUAUAUUUCCACAAAUUGUGCCAAUUGAUCAUAUUAUUCGAUUCGGUAAAACAACCAGCUCGUCUUUUCGGCUAAAACCUGUACUUAAGGAGCUAGCAUUUUCUGUUUAUACCAGAUCUCAGACAUAUAAAGCGCCAUUCGUUUUACCCAAGCCAUCCGUGGUGUCUGUAAACUUUAAAUUGACUAAAGAUCCACUACCUCUUGAAGAACUUGUCACAUAUGAUACUAUCCUUCAGAUUUCGUAUGGAUAUAGUUUUGAUAAACGCAGAAUGUUUUUUGUAUGGGUGGAUAUGCAGGGAAAGCACUUAGGUUGUGAAUCAUUUUCCACGACAGUGCCAUCAACAACAACCAAACAGUUGUUCAGUUCAGCUUGGGAUAAAGUUCGAAAAACCAUUGGAGACUAUCGACAAACAAUUAUCACCAAGGUCGGAGUGAUUACUAAAGAAGAAAAAGAUCUAUGGCUACAAAUAACUGGAGGCGGUGUUACUAUUGUAUCGAUUGAUAUUGAACCGGCUUUAACCAUUAAUCCUAUUUUGGAAAAUAAACAUCAAAAAUUAAAGGUAUGUGGCAUGGUUUUAAAUCAUCCAAUACCGUUACAAGACUUUCUACCGGUGGCAACCGGGUAUUUACUAGAAAUGGACACUGCUGAUAUAGUAUCCAGUGCCAUUCGGGUUAAUCUACUUCAUUCAUCUAAACCCGAUAAGUACACACAGGUUUUAUGGGAUAUCCUGAAACAAUUUCAUAUCCUUACGUUUAUGGAAGUGACCCAAACUCAUGCAUGUCUUCCGUUCCACGUUCUAUCUGUUGAACGUCUUGCGCGAGCAUUUGUAGGAGCUCCUACGUAA